GCUUCAAUUUUCUCAACCACGGUUUCCUCUCUUCUCUGUCACUGUCACAAGUUACAGUCUGGUCUUCACGGCCUUCUUGGGGAAGAAGCAUUAUCACAGAAAAAGGAAAAGAGAGAAAAUUAAAUCUGGUGCUCCUGAAUUUUCUCGAGAAAAUCUAACAAUCACAUUUCUCGGGGAUUCUCAUGAUCCAAUCAAGCGAAGAUUCUUAGAAUUAGUAAAUAUUUUUUUUUUUCUUAAGCACUUCAGGCUUAAUUUUUGCCUGCUUUCCAUUUUCGACUCCUAAUUUGACUAAUCACCUACCUCAAGGAGUUUACGUCUUCCCAGUUUUUUCCACUUUUCCUUCUUAUAAUCCUUUUUCCAUUGUUUCCUUGCCAAUCAUCGUCCUUUUUAGGGUUGAUUGACUGUUCCAAUUAUCAUUGUUUCAAAUCGAAACGCUGGUUCCUGGUGACUUUAAUUAGACCGGUCACCAUUGCUACUGCUCAUAGUAGCUGGGAAGAGAGCGAAAGAGAGGGGGUUUGAUUUUUUUUGCAAACAAAAUUCGUUAGGGGAAUUCAAGAGUGUAAAGUCGUUUGUGUGCGAUUAGAUUUUUAGCUCCAAUCGCAUACUUUUGUGCUUAUAGUGAUUGCAAUUAAGUGUUCUUUGUCUAGUGAUUAGCUUUUCAAGAAGAAAAGGGGGGGAAACGACAAGGAAGAAAGUGCAAGAAGAUGACUAUCGAAUCGUUGCCAGGAAGCUCAGGGUACUUGGAUUCCUUCCCUGAGAGGAGAAUGUCGUAUUUCAGUAAUCCGUUUGUUUUAAGGUUAACUGUGAUUGCUGGAAUAGGGGGUCUGCUCUUCGGCUAUGAUACAGGUGUUAUUUCAGGUGCCCUUCUGUACAUAAAAGACGAAUUCGAGGUGGUCAAUCAGAGUAGCUUUCUACAGGAAACAAUUGUUAGUAUGGCCCUGGUCGGUGCAAUCAUUGGAGCUGCAUCAGGUGGUUGGAUUAAUGAUGCGUACGGACGCAAGAAGGCUACCCUAAUUGCUGAUAUUGUCUUUGCGGUUGGAUCAAUUGUCAUGGCAGCUGCACCAGAUCCAUAUGUUCUAAUUCUAGGUCGACUUUUAGUUGGCCUUGGUGUAGGUUUAGCGUCUGUCACAGCUCCUGUAUAUAUUGCAGAAGCAUCUCCAUCUGAAGUAAGGGGGGGACUAGUGAGCACAAAUGUUCUGAUGAUAACUGGUGGACAGUUCCUUUCAUAUCUCGUUAAUCUUGCUUUUACUGAGCUUUGCCAGCCUUUUUGUCUCCACCAUCAUGGAAAAAUUACUGUCCUAGAAAAGGUCCCUGGAACAUGGAGGUGGAUGCUUGGAGUUGCAGCUUUGCCGGCUGUGGUUCAGUUCUGUCUUAUGCUCUGUAUGCCUGAAUCACCUCGUUGGCUUUUUAUGAAGGAUGAUAAAGAUAAGGCCAUUAUGGUACUUGCUAAAAUAUAUGACAUUGCUCGAUUGGAGGAUGAAAUUGAUCACCUUUCUGCCUCUUCAGAGGAAGAUCGCCAGAAGCAUAAUAAUGUUAGAUACUUGGAUGUGUUCAAAUCAAAAGAAAUCAGACUUGCAUUUCUUGCUGGGGCUGGCCUUCAGGCUUUUCAGCAGUUCACUGGCAUCAAUACAGUGAUGUACUAUAGCCCAACUAUUGUUCAAAUGGCUGGCUUUAGUUCCAACCAAUUAGCACUUCUCCUUUCCCUCAUUGUUGCUGCAAUGAAUGCUGCUGGAACCAUUCUUGGCAUUUACCUUAUUGAUCAUUUUGGGCGGAAGAAGUUGGCUCUCUCAAGCUUAGCUGGUGUGAUUGUUUCACUCCUUAUCUUGGCUGGGUCAUUCUUUGGCCAAUCAUCUGGUUCUUCAAAUGCACUCUAUGGGUGGCUUGCAGUAUUAGGGCUAGCUUCAUACAUUGGUUUUUUCUCUCCUGGAAUGGGACCGGUUCCAUGGACUGUGAACUCAGAGGUCUACCCUGAGGCUUAUAGAGGCAUAUGUGGUGGAAUGUCGGCUACUGUAAAUUGGGUUUCUAAUUUGAUCGUGGCCCAAACUUUCCUUUCACUUGCCAAUGCGGUGGGAACAGGUGCAACUUUCUUGAUUCUUGCAGUUGUGGCUGUCGUGGCAGUUGUGUUUGUGAUUCUGUUUGUGCCAGAGACUAAAGGGCUCACAUUCGUCGAAGUGGAACAAAUAUGGAAGCAGAGAGCUUGGGGCAGUAGUUAUAACACCGAGAGCCUUCUCGAGCGAGGAAAUGAAACUUCAUAAGCUUGUGAAUAACCCAAUAAUAUCAGCAGCAUCUCAAAUAAAGGUAUUGAAGAGUUUGUAUCUAUCGUAGCUUCCCUGUAUCUAUAAAUGGGAUAUGCAUGGACAGAUUUUGAAAUCAGUUCUGCAUAGUCUUUAAAAUAUUUCUAGGGUUUAAAACUUGAAGAUGGACUUCAGCUUAUUAGAUGCGAGUCAAUUUGGGCAGAAUCCUAGGAUUCUUUUUAUGUGGCACCCUAGGAAAAGCUGCUCCUCUAGAUCUAAGUUCUCUAUUCUAUAAAGUGGGAAGUUGUUUAGAAUUAAAAGACAUGAACUCACAUUCUUGUAUUUGGGUCUAAUGUAAGAUUAUAUGUAAAAGCUGAGUUCCAUCAUUGUGGUAUCCAUUUUGAAAAUGAUAAAUUUACAGUCUAGUUUUCGUG